AUGGCAGACUCCGAACAGUUUGCGGAAGCGAAUGCCGACCAUGCUGAUGAUGCUACGUGGGUUCUCACGAGUAGCUUCGUGAUUCUGACGAUGCAAAGUGGCUUUGCAAUGCUGGAGAUGGGAUCAUCUUCAAAAGGCCAUGAAGUGAACAUCAUGCUCAAGAAUGUCUACGAUGUGGUUUUUGGCGGCCUAGCAUAUUAUUUGCUGGGGUUCGGCAUUUCUAAUGGAGCGCCCUCAAACUCCUUCAUGGGACUGGGUGACUUCUUCCUGGACGUGCCAAACGCCGACGAGAUAUCCUCGGGGCUGAGGUUCAGCACCUUCUUGUUCAAGUUUAGCUUUGCUGCGACUUCUACAACCAUUGUCAGUGGAUGCCUCGCCAUGCGUUGUAAGUUCACAGUCUACUGCUUCUAUGCCUUCUAUGCUGUGGUGGUUUAUUCUUUCGUGGCGCACUGGGUGUGGGCGGCCGAUGGAUGGCUGGCGCAGCUGGGAGUGCACGAUUUUGCUGGAGCUGGCCCUGUGCAUCUGCUUGGAGCCGCCAACGGCCUAGUAGCAAUCCUGCUAGUUGGACCACGCCACGGCCGUUUCGAGGGAAUCCGCCCAGCUGAAGACUUCCGGGUCUCUUCCCCCACGAGUAUCCUGAUUGGUCUCUUUAUGCUCUGGUGGGGCUGGAUUGGCUUCAACUGCGGCAGCACCUUCGGAAUUACCAAGUUCAAGUGGAUCGUGGCGACCCGGUCAGGUGUCGCGACCAUCAACGCGACCUUUGGCGGUGGAGUCGGUGCACUCUUCUACACUAAAGCUAAGUCCAAGGGGAGGCUGGUCCUGGCAGAUCAUGUUGUGAACGGCAUCCUCGGUUCCCUGGUUUCAAUUACGGCCACCUGCGCCUGUGUCCACCCCCCGGCGGCGCUCCUCAUCGGGCUUGUGGGUGCCAUCGUGGCCCUUCUGGUGAACGACUGGAUGCCUGGCGAGGAG